AUGCAAAGGCAUUUGUUUAUCCCCAGUUACUCUCCAGAGUUUGGUGGACUUUGGGAAGCAGGGGUAAAGAGUGUCAAGUACCAUCUUAAAAGAGUAGUAGGCACCAUGUGCUUGACCUAUGAAGAAUUUAAUACUGCUAUGAUACAAAUAGAAGGUGUUUUAAACUCUAGACCUCUGCUUUCACUUAAUCCAAAUGAAGGUAAAUAUUUAACACCUGGGCAUUUUCUUAUUGGGACAGCCAUUUGCAGUUAUCCAGAGGUCAAUGUGUCUGAAAUUUCAUUUAACCGUUUAAAAUUUUGGAAAGUUGUAACAAAACUGAAACAAGACUUCUGGAAAACAUGGUCAAAAGAUUACCUAACUCAGUUACAGAGUCGCCCAAAAUGGAAAUAUGAUUUACCUAACCUAAAGGAAGGUGAUAUUGUACUGGUAAAACAAUUCAAUACACCACCUUUAGAAUGGCCUCUAGCUCGUAUUGUUAAGGUGUUUCCAGGCAAGGAUAAGAAUGUAAGAGUAGCCGAGGUAAGGUAUAAUAAUAAAGUGUAUUUAAGGUCCAUUGCAAAAUUGUGCCCUCUACCUAUUAAUUAA